AUGAAGGUUACCUACCUUGCAGGAUUUGCUCUCUUGCCAAUCACAGCGUUUGCAGCUGCACCUGUCAACAAUUUCCAACGCCAACAACAGCAGCAGCAGCAGGCAGUUGCCAACCCUAGAAAUGUAGCUUCAGGUCAGCUGGCUGAUGUCUUUGAUAGCCAAUUGCUACUUGUGGCACAAGAGAUGCUUCAAAAUAUGGAUGCUGCUGUUGCCAAGCAAGCUCGUGCUGCUGGUGUACUGGCGCCUCCUUCGAUUGCCAAUGCCAUUAAAAUCGACAUACCUAAUCCUACCAACAGCACAAAGGAUGAGGUGGUUGAUAGGGUUAUCAAUGGUGCCAAGAGCGUGAUUAAUGGAUUUAUUCAUGGUGCUCAAGACGUUGCUGAUGGGAUUGUCAAUGGUAUCCACGAAGUCUUUGGUCCCCAUGACGACGUUGAUGGUACUAAGCAGCCUGUUCAACCAAGUGAACCUCCUACGGAACCUGUACCACCUGCCGAUCGGGUGGUAAAUGAGCACGUGCACCGUACCAUGCAAACCGUUUUCGAUCGUGCUGAUUCUGCAAAGUUACUCCAGGUCUUUGAAGACUUUUCACGUAUCCACAAGAGCUUCUUUGACGACUUUGGUACUGGCAACAGCCCUGUUGAACGCAUCCUUGAUGAGAUUAAAGCCGUUGUCAACACCUAUCAUCAGGAGCUUGAGCAUACCGAUGACCCCGCUGCUUUAAUAUCACAAUUGGUGCCUGCUCUUCGAGCUAUGGUGAAUCCUCAAAUUGAGGAUGUUAUUGCUACUUCCGAUAACAACAUUGGUCAAAUCGUUUCCGAUAGCAUCGAUCGAAAUGAUUUGGAGAACUUCAAGCAGGAUAUCGCCUCUACUGUCGAUAAGGAUAAUUAUGGAAUUGAAGGUGCUAUGGCCAUGGCUGUGGCACGUACCGUUGACUUUGCUGUUCAAGAAGGUGCCGCCUUUCUCCAAGACUAUGCCCGUGCUAUGAAUACCCUUGUUUUAAUGAUUAAUCAUUUGAACGAGCAUUUUGAUUCUGCUGUUGAACGUUUCGAGCAAGUAGCUGAUGCCAUUCGCAAAGGCACAGUCCUCAAGAACGAUCCUCUCUAUGACUUCCUUACCCACAUUGAUGAUUAUUCCGAAUUUAUGGAUGCACUCGCUGACUCUGUGGAUGACAUGUUCGGCUCCAUCUCGAAGGGUGCUGUUGUUGACGCUGCUGCUGCUGCUGCUGGUGCCAACAAUGGUCUCAAUAUUGCUAUUCGCAGCCUCCAAUCCAUUGCUGAUAGUGUCAUCAACGCUGCCUUUGGUGAUGUCGACUACAUCAACCUCACUUAUGUGGCUCCUGAUAAACGCAAAGAGCCCCCGAUCUUUAAGAUUAUUGACAAGAUUGUUAAAGCUAUUAGCUCCAAGAAUCCAAAGCUUGGCGGCGUCCUCAGCAAGCUCGUCACUUUUAUUGAAACCAUCAAGAUGGCUGAUCCUGAUUUUACAUCUGAUAUCAAGAGUCCCACAGGAAUCAAGGAUGCUCUCCAUGCCAUUAUCGAUGCUCUCAAGGCUGCUAUCUCUGCAUAG